AUGUCCGUCGAUUUUGAAUCUGAAUCCAUUCCCACCCCCACGGCCCAAGCCCAAGAGAGAUCCAGCACUCGCUGCGCCUUGCUAUUCCCCUCGUGCUGCCUCGGCCAGCGACGUCGUUCCUCAUGGUGGGAGCGCGUCCGCUCCACCUCCUGGUCCCACUCCAAUUCAGCUUCAUCCGGUGGUGACCGGUGGUGGUCACGUGGCCUCAGGGCGCUCAAGAAGCUUCGCGAGUGGUCCGAGAUCGUGGCCGGUCCCAGGUGGAAGACCUUCAUUCGCAAGUUCAACCGUAACCGCGCCUCCAAGCGCAUGCCCAAGUACCAGUAUGACCCAAUGAGUUACGCCCUCAACUUCGACGAGGGUCACAACGGGGAUUUCAACGACGACGCUGCCCUCCGCAAUUUCUCCACGCGCUACGCUGCCGUCAACGCCAAAUCGCUUUCCCCCAGAGCCCGUGACACCCAGGACGCCGUUUUGGUAUGA